CAAUUCUCGUGACAUUUCGGCAUGGCGACAGUUUUGUGGUGACCAUGAAAUGAUAUACUCUGUUUUCUCCGCAAAUACUCACUCUUAUCCUGAAGAAUCUCACUUUCUACCUGUUCAACGACACUUCUCCACAUUUGGGGGAAACUUUAUGAAUUGCCGAUGUGGAAAAUGUGUGAAAAUUGGAAUGCCACUUAUGUGGAAAUCAAGAAGAAGCACGAUGAGGCCUACAACAUCGUCCAGGAUGCCUGCAAUGAGGAUGUUAAGGAGAAUCUCGAGGUGGCACUGGAGAAGUACAGAAUCGGACUUGAGGCUAUAAAUGCCGUGUUGAGUAUCAUCGUCUGUUGCCCUGAACCGGCUGACAACACCUGGAAGGAUGCCAUGAAGAUGAUUAGGAAUGUGAGACAGGCAAAACCGGCAGUUGAGAAGCGCAUAGACUCGCUCGUGAGGUAUUUCGAUGAGAAGAGGCUGAAGGAGGGACACCCGACGGUGUAUUCUGAGCUCGUGAGGACUCUGAAGGAGCUGAAGAGUUCUCCCGAGGACACAGAGAUGAUCCGCGAGCUGGUGUUCUGCUGUGAAAAUGUCAAGUUCUACACCAUCAAGCAAGAUGGCACAGUGACACUCACGAUGGACAACACUGUGCUGGAGAUCUGGAAGUACACGAAAGUCACGCCGGAGGCGAGCUCCAAUCACGGCACAUUCUGCCUGCAGGUCAUGAAGACUGCGGCGCCUGUUCUUGCCACUGUGAUGAAUGGACAGGAGAUCGCCGACAAUCCACACCACACAGACAUUCUCCUCACUUAUCCUCUCCUUCCUGGCGUUUCUCCGUGCUUCCGGACACGCUUUGGUGCUAUAAUCCUUCCGGACUUGGGGGCGCCGCCAAGUGCAGACGCCACAGUGGGAAUUGAAGUUGAAGGACCACCGGAUGAGGUGUUGCUGGAGAUUCUCGAUGAGAUCCUCAAGUGUGUCUACAGACAGCCGGAAGAUGAGCCGAGCAAGCGCGCGCCACGAUCGCUGGCGAUGACGGAGAAGAUGACCAAAGGCGCUUUCUACAUCUCCCAAGGCCUCAUUCGCGGCUCCCAGAAGACGGGCGAGCUCAUCACCUACACCACACCGUAUCUCAUCUCGCGCAUGGCCAAGGCGCCCCUCAGCGCCCCGCCAGUGUCCACGGGCGUCCGCACGAGCGUGGAAGUGGCCAAGACUGUCACCGGCACGGCGGCCUCCGUCACGGGCUUCAUGGCGCAGAAGCUGGGCUCCGCCACGAUGGCGCUGGGGCGCUUCAUUGCGCCGCGUCUGCAGGAGCAGGGCUCGCGCCUGCUGUCGCACAGCCUGGGCAUGAGCCAGGCCGACGCCACGGAGAAGGUCUCCGACGCCCUCACGGUGGCCGCGGGCGCCGUGGAGGCGUUCAGCACGGUCUAUCUGGGCCUCGAGGAGUCCGCCUCGAUCCUCGGACGGAGUCUCAGCAGCAACUCCGUCAAAGUGAUUGAGCACAAGUACGGCCCGAGCGCCGCCAAUCUCGCUUCCAGCACCUUCGAGACGGCGGGAAAUAUGUUCGCGCUGAGCCAGAAUGUGAAGCUGAUGACGCCCAAAGGAUUGGCCAAGAAGACGGCCAAGAGUGCCGGCAAGGCGCUGGUCGAGGACUUCCAGCCCCAGAGCGGUCCAUCGCGAGUGGAUUAACGUCUGAAUCUCAGCAUCGGAAAUCUCACAGGGAAGCUUAUGUUAAAAGGCUGUUUAAGAAGGUGUUUGUGGAAAGUUUCAAGAGGAAAUAUAUUUUUGCAGCCAUUCUGGAAACUUUAGAGACAGAAAAAAUUUCGUUUUUCAUUGAAAAGUUCCUUCCUUGAUCCAUUAAAUUGGCAAAAUUCCACAUUGACGGAUGAAUUGAAAAGUAUGGAAAGUCAAAAUCGCCAUUAAAAUCAUUUCGAAAUUUGUUAAAUUCAUUCAAUGGAGAAUAUUACUUUCCAAAAUCGACUUUUCAUGAGUUUUCGCGUAGAUUUUAUCAACUUUUCAUACUUUACAUAAUUUUUUUUUCAAAGUUUUCAAGCGGAAAAAUUAAAAAAUAUGCCAAAUAUUAUAUUCAUUCAAAAUCUAAGAACAUUUUAGGAAGUUUGUCAUAAUUUUCCUUUAAAAAAUCACGUUGAAUAGUAGAUUUUUGGUAGUUUCCGAUUCCAUCGUCGAUAAUUAACGGUUUUGGCUGACAAAAGGUAACACAAAUUUCGCUAUAAUUCUUCUUAUGUGUGUUUUGUGA